UCUAAAGGUUGAGAUUUAUUAAUUUUUUUUCCUAUCUCUCUCUCUUUCUCUCCACGACAGAUCUCAUCUCAUUCUCUUCUUUUUUUUUUUCGAUUCACUCUUCAACUUCUUCAUCUUCUCCUUCACUCUCAUAUCUCUAAUUUCUCCCAUCUCUGUCCCACCACGUCUCCUCCUCGUCUCACCACCACCACGUCUACUCCUCUGCUCAUCACCGGUACUCCCUAUCUCUUUGUCUCUCUCUGUUUCCUCUGUCUCGCUCUCUCUUCUCUGUUUGCUAUCUCUAUCUCUCUCUCUUUAUCUCUUUUUUUGUUCUCUGAGAACACGCCGGAGCUGAGCAUGACGACCUGGACAGAACAAAACGACGCGGAAAUAAGUUGCAAACUUGUGCUCGGGGUUGAAUCCGCGAGGAAGAAGGAGUCAGAGUUCUCGAGUAGGUUUGCAGCGGCUCACGGUGGUGACAUAUUGACGUAGAUGGGAGUGGUGAAGGAAGAUGAAGAAGAUUCAGGUGGUGAAGGAAGAUGAAGAGGCUUAAUGGACGUGGUUGAAAGCGGCUGUGAGUUAGAAAGAUAGGGAUUCUUUUUUUUUUAGGUUUAGUUCUUUUGUUUGGUUUAGUGUAAACAGAGUUAGUGGUUUGACUUUAUUUUUGGUUUCUGGUUUAGUUUUGUAAACCUGAAUAUAUUUGUAAACCAGUUUUAGUUAUAAAUAAAAUUUAUUAUAUUUUAAAUUAUAAAAAAAAUUUGAUUUAGUUUCCAAUUAUUUUAUUUUUAUUUUUAUUAUAAUUAUUUUUUUAUUAUAUAAUGACCUAUCAAUAACACGAAAGUACUGCUAUAGUUAAGUUAAAUAAUAUCAUCCAAAUAUUGCUAUCGUAUCUGUAUAUUUUGUAGCGUUCAAAAAAUGCUAUCAUAAAGGAGUACCUACGAUAGCUGUUGAUAACAUAGCAUUUAUGAAUUCGCUAUGAAACCUCUCCUAUAGCAUAUUUCUCGUGCUAAGAAUAUACAUAUUUCUUGUAGUGUCCCUAACCUACUUGAGUUUGUAACACGUGGAAAAUAAAAUUUCCCUGUACCUCGGCCGAACAGUUUAGUUCAGGCGGUACCAGCAACUGACCACAGAAAAACUAUAAAUAGAGGCAUUUGAGACACAAACUUUCAUUCAUCGAUAAACAUUACUUAUCAGAUCGAAACUUGAGAAUAAAUUUUAGCAAAAAAAAAAAAAGAAAAACUUGAGAAUAAAAAUGGCUAAUUUCUCAGGCUUACACAUUCUCUUCUUCUCCUUCAUCAUAGCUACAGGUGCAAUUUCCGUGGUCUCGGGUACAGUAUUUACCAUAGUGAACCGCUGCAGCUUCCCCGUUUGGCCUGGAAUCCUCACCGGAGACAACGGUGUACAGCUCAACGGUGGCGGAUUCGGCUUAACUCCAGGAGCUUCUAUCGACGUAGUCGCUCCUGCGGGCUGGUCCGGCAGAAUCUGGGGUCGAACCGGCUGCAAUUUCGAUGCUUUUGGCACCGGAAGAUGUCUCACCGGAGACUGUGGUAACAAAUUACAAUGCUCCGGUGCAGGAGGAGUUCCACCGGCUACGCUAGCCGAAUUCACAAUCGGUCAUGGCGGUGCGAUGGACUUCUACGACGUAAGCCUUGUCGAUGGUUACAACGUCCAGAUGGAAAUCAAGACGCAAGGAGGCUCAGGCGAUUGCCAAAACGUGGGAUGCGUUUCAGACCUGAACAAGAUAUGUCCCAACGAGCUAAGCGUUACUAACGGUGGGAAUGUUGCGGCGUGUAAGAGCGCUUGCGAGGCAUUUAAAACACCGCAGUAUUGUUGCACAGGUGCAUUCAAUAAGCCGGAGACUUGUCCGCCCACGGAUUACUCGAGGAUCUUUAAAACAGCUUGCCCCAAGGCGUAUAGCUACGCAUACGAUGAUGCUACAAGCACUUUUACUUGUGCCAAUGCUAAUUACUCCAUCAUUUUCUGUCCUACCAUUUAGUUUCCAUUAUCAUUAUAUCAACGACGAUUGGUAAUUAAUAAUAAUCUGUAAUCGCUGAAAGAAAAUAAAAAAGAUUUGCGGAAUGAGGUAAAUUCCGCAAAUUAUGAUGAAUAAACUAUUAAUGUUUUUUUUACUCAAUAAAAAUCAAAUUUUUCUU